CUAUGGUUCUCUGAAUUGCGUUGUCGUAAAAAUUAAAAAUAUGAUGAUUUAAUUUUAUAAUAUCAUGAUCCUCCGAUCGAUUGCGAAACUCAUGCGUAAUAUCAGAUGACAAAACACCUCGUUGGCUCGAAUUCCCUCCAACUGUGAAAUGUGGUGUGUUGUGACAAGCCUCUCAGUAAUGACAGAAACCUGAUGUAUGAUACGGACAUCAAAAACUUUGCAUUGUGGGCUGUUUAAUUCAUGAAAUAGGCUGGCUAUUAUUCAGCAAUGGAGAAAAGGGAAGAUGGAGAAGCCAAGCAGCCGCGAGAUAAUCAAAAAUGGAAUGGAUGGGGGUACCAGGAUUCCAAGUUUCUCAUCAAUUCAGAAGGGCUUGCCCAGUUUACGGGGGAGCGAUAUGGAAUAAGCGGACAGGUCUUUCCAAAGUUAGUGGAUUGGUUUGUCAAUUCCUGUAGUGCUGAUCUUGAGUUUAAGUCGCCAUCUCAAAACAUUCCCAAAGAGGAAGAGUUGCCGAAACCAAUUGUGAAUGAGCUAUUUCUUAAAAGUGUUCGGGAUAUGGGUUUUGACCAUUCGAUGCAUGGCCAUGAGAGGUUAUUUCGGAGUCACGGUCACACAUGUCAUGAAAUAUACCUCCUUCGUCAUGGUAAGAUUCCAAGACUCCCCGAUAUCGUCAUUUGGCCUCGUCAUCAUAAUGAAGUUGAAAAGGUCGUCUCCCUUGCCAACAAACAUGAUGUUUGUAUUAUACCAUUUGGUGGAGGGACAAGUGUUUCAAGUGCCUUGGAAUGUCCUAUUCAUGAACUUAGAAUGAUUGUCAGUUUGGAUAUGACGAGGAUGAAUAAGAUUCUUUGGAUUGAUCAUGAGAACAUGACAAUGUGUGCUGAAGCAGGGAUAAUUGGUCAGGAUUUAGAAAAACAAUUGCAUGAGAAAGGAGUUUGUGUUGGUCACGAGCCGGACUCAAUGGAAUUCAGUUCGCUUGGUGGAUGGGUGGCAACUAGAGCAUCUGGGAUGAAGAAGAACAUCUAUGGUAACAUUGAGGAUUUAUUGGUACAUGUGAAGUUUGUCACCGCGAAAGGAACGAUGGAAAAAAAUUGUAUGGUACCGCGCAUGUCAACUGGACCUGACAUUCAUCAUGUUAUCAUGGGAUCUGAAGGUACUUUAGGGGUUGUGACAGAGGUGAUCCUAAGAAUACAGCCGUUACCUGAACACAAAACAUACGGUUCCAUAGUGUUUCCAAAUUUUGAAUCAGGUGUCGAGUGCCUUCGUGAGAUUGCUAAACUUCGCUGUGCUCCGGCAUCUAUACGACUUGUCGACAAUGAACAGUUUAAAUUUGGUCAAACGCUGAAGCCUCAAGCCCAUUCUUUCUUUAGCUCUCUUAUGGAGGGAAUAAAAACGAUCUAUGUUACGCGUUUCAAAGGCUAUGAACCGAACAAACUUUGCGUUGCAACUUUACUCUUUCAGGGGAGCAAAACUAACGUUGAAACCCAAGAAAAAAUGGUCUAUUCUAUAGCUGCAAAAUACGGGGGGUUGUCAGCUGGUGCUGAAAACGGCAGACGGGGGUACAUGUUGACCUUUGCCAUUGCAUAUCUACGUGAUUUAGGAUUCGAGUAUAGUUUUCUUGCGGAGUCUUUUGAGACCUGUGUUCCUUGGGAUCGAGUGAUUACCCUAUGCAAGAACACCAAAGCGGCCAUAUACAGAAAAUGUAAAGACCUUGGGGUGCAUUAUAAGCCAUUAGUGACCUGCCGGGUUACACAAACCUACGAUACUGGCGCAUGCGUGUACUUUUACUUUGGAUUCAAUUAUCAUGGACUAGCUGACCCACUUGCAGUUUACCAAGCGAUCGAAGACGGUGCUCGGGAUGAGGUUAUAGCCAACGGGGGAAGUCUUUCUCAUCAUCACGGAGUUGGUAAAAUACGAAAGCAAUGGCUACCUUCUACUGUAUCUAACGCAGGCUACGAAAUGAUGAAUGGAAUAAAGAAGACGUUAGAUCCGAAGAAUGUAUUUGGAAAUGACAAUCUUAUCUCAAAAUUAUAAGUGUAAUCUCUUCUUUUUCAAAUAAAACGCCUUACGCGCCUGCGUGGAAUAGCUUUUAUACGAGAAACUAGAUUAUAGCAAUCGUUUACCUUCCAGAUGAACGGGACUGGAAAGAUAUAUCAAAAUGUUGAAAUUAUAAAAAUGUUCACUUAAAACAUGAAUAAAUGAGAAAUUGUUGUAAGCAAACAAAUAAUUAUUAAAAACGUUGGAGACGCAAA